UCCUUUUCAGGGUGACAGGGAUGUGUAAAGCUGGGGUGUAUCUGUAAAACAGCAGCACACAAGCUUUGGGGUUUAUUCCACUGGCUUGGGAAUUGAUGAUUCCCUCCUGUGAUCUGACAUUCCUUCCUGGGGUGAUUCCUGGUGGGAUAGCAGGGCCCUGGUUUGUGGCAGCCAUCUCCAUUUAAUGAUCUGUAAAAGCUUUGCUCUGAGCACAGGUGCUUUGGGGUAGGCAGUGGAGUGUGGGAAUCCACAUACCUUUGGGAAUCUUCUUCCUUUGGGUCCUGGCAGGUGGGAUCCGGAUUUUGAAAUGUGUCGAGGCACCCAGCUGAGCCAGAAGCAAUCCCUUUACUUAGCAGCAACAACUGGCUGGGGUUCAGACAAAAUCGAAGUCAUUUUUGUAGUGGUGAGGUAAGUCAUGUCUGAAGCAUAUCAGAGCCUGUAGCUGCUUGGUACCUGUUUGCAGAAAGUGCCACAUGGCUGAGUGACAGCAGAGCUUAUCACCAGCACAAACAAGGAACAUUGUGAGUUGUAAACAUGGCACAGGGCUGCCAGGCACGUUUUUGUGAGAUUAUAACCAAGACACUGCUUCUGACACCUACAAUCAUUAGUUACAAUAACCAGAAGCAAAUUAUUUUAUCAGGAAAUUAACUUUCUUUGGCAGUGACAAGCAUGUUAGCGAAGUGCUCAAUCACUUCUGCAGCAAUCCCAGGAUGUCAGGACACUAAAUGUGCAUGGUUUGAUGUCAGUAAAUCCUGGUGACCUUUGCCUUUGAGAAGUGCCAGUUCCAGUACUUUAAAACAUGUAUUUUGGGGCAAUUUAUUGGGUUCUUUUUGGUAAUGUAAAUGGUGUGAAUUUGGCUCUCUCAGUGUGGAGGUUGGAUAUCCCUCACCAGCAUCAAGGUUAUGUUGCACAGUGAUGGUUGUGUUUGAUGAUACAGCUCAAAUUAUACUUGCAGAACACGGCAGAGUUUGUGGUUUGUUGCACACAGCCCCCAUUUUUGCCCUCUUUCGGUAUCUUGUGUGUCAAACCAGGCACCCAAAAUAAAUGUCUACGUCUUCCUUCAUCUCCUGAGCUCCAGCAUCUGUCAGAUGCAGACUCCACCACCCCCUCCUUCCCUGAGAUGCUGGGAGAAGAUUCAGCUCAGCCCCGUUUGUUCAGCCCUCAGACUCUGUCGUGACAGGCAGUGUUAAAAAGCUCACGAGGAAAUUAAUAAUUCUGCCUGUGAGGCAGGGCAUGAGCGGCGUGCAGGAAAUGAGGCAUGAGACCACACGCUGAAUGAUGAGGAGAGAACAGGGUGAAUAACUGGAUUUGGGGAGCCUCAUCCAUCGCAUGCACUGGUGGAAGGCAGAGUCCUUGCCUUGGACACUGAGCUUGGGAGCAAAACUACACUGCAGAGCAUUUAGGAAAGAGGGGCAAAUUAAGGAUGCUGUGUUGGCCCUGAAUUUGGCAUUUCCUGACUGGUGCCUGACAUGGACACAGAGGAUGACCCAUUGUUACAGGACGCCUGGCUAGAGGAGGAAGAUGAAGAGGAAGCCUUCAUCUCCCGGAAGAGGCGAGAGGGUGCUCUGUUGUGUGGGAAAGGCUCGUGCAGAGUCAGGCCCCUGUGUGUCACGCUGCCUGUGUCUGGCUUCUGGAAUAUUGUGGGUUGGGUGUUUACCAACCCAUACUGUGCUGGUUUCAUACUUUUCCUGGGCUGUGCCAUCCCUGCCGUGCUUGCUGUUGUCAUGUUCCUCCACUACCCUGCCCUGGAUAUUGACAUCUCCUACAACGCUUUCGAGAUCCGCAACCACGAGUCCUCGCAGCGCUUCGACGCCCUCGCCUUGGCCCUCAAAUCCCAGUUUGGGUCGUGGGGGAGGAACCGCCGGGACCUGGCUGACUUUACCUCGGAAACCCUGCAGAGGCUCAUCUUCCAGCAGCUCCAGCAGCUUCACCUCAACGCUUCCCAUCUUGGGGUGAGCGCGCGGGUCAAGCGCAGCCCGCCGGGGGUCAGGACGAGCUCCGUGCAGCCCCAGCCUCGGCUGGGCACAGGAAACCAGACUUCCAGGGUCGGGAGGGGAGCCCCACGCUGGGACUACUCCAGCACUUACAUCAGUGCCAACACACAGACACACGCUCACUGGCGCAUCGAGCUCAUUUUUCUGGCUCGGGGGGACUCGGAGAACAACAUCUUCACCACCGAGCGCCUGGUCACCAUCCACGAGGUUGAGCGUAAGAUCAUGGACCACCCUCGCUUCAGGGAGUUCUGCUGGAAGCCCCACGAGGUCUUGAAGGACCUGCCCCUGGGUUCUUACUCCUAUUGUUCCCCUCCCAGCUCCCUCAUGACCUACUUCUUCCCCACUGAGAGAGGAGGGAAGAUUUACUAUGAUGGCAUGGGGCAAGACCUGGCUGACAUCCAAGGGUCCCUGGAGCUGGCCAUGACCCACCCCGAGUUCUACUGGUACGUGGAUGAGGGGCUGUCUGCUGAGAACAUGAAGAGCUCCCUGCUGCGGAGCGAGAUCCUCUUCGGGGCGCCGCUGCCCAACUAUUACUCGGUGGAGGAUCGCUGGGAGGAGCAGCGCCACAAGUUCCAGAACUUUGUCAUCACCUAUGUGGCCAUGCUGGCCAAGCAGUCCACGAGCAAAGUGCAGGUGCUGUAUGGAGGGACAGAUUUGUUUGACUAUGAAGUGAGGAGGACUUUCAACAAUGACAUGUUGCUGGCCUUCAUCAGCAGUAGCUGCAUAGCUGUCUUGGUCUACAUCCUCACCUCCUGCUCAGUGUUUCUGUCAUUCUUUGGCAUUGCCAGCAUUGGGCUAAGCUGCCUGGUGGCUCUGUUCCUGUACCACGUCGUGUUUGGGAUCCAGUAUCUGGGUAUACUCAAUGGUGUGGCUGCCUUUGUCAUCGUGGGGAUUGGGGUUGAUGAUGUCUUUGUUUUCAUCAACACCUACCGCCAAGCCACCCACCUCAAGGACCUGCGCCUGCGCAUGAUCCACACUAUCCAGACAGCAGGAAAAGCCACCUUCUUCACCUCCCUGACCACAGCUGCAGCAUAUGCUGCCAACAUCUUCUCUCAGAUCCCAGCUGUGCACGACUUCGGACUCUUCAUGUCACUGAUUGUGUCCUGCUGCUGGGUAGCUGUGCUCUUCACCAUGCCAGCUGCUCUUGGAAUAUGGACCCUUUAUGUGUCCCCAUUAGAGAGCUCCUGCCAAGCCAGCUGCAGUCAGAAGUGCACCAAAAAGAGUGCCUUGCACCUGGCUGAAGAUCUCUUCAUUGCCUCAGACACCACCUCCAGAGCAGGCAGAGAGACCCUUCCCUACCUUGAUGAUGACAUUCCACUGCUCAGCGUGGAGGAGGAGCCUGUCUCCCUGGAAAUGGGGGAUGUCCCCUUGGUGUCUGUGAUGCCAGAAAAUCUGCAGCUCUCUGCAGAGAAGAGCAACAGGGGUCACUUGAUAACUCAUCUGCAGGAGCUGCUGGAACACUGGGUGCUGUGGUCUGCAGUGAAGAGGAGAUGGGUGAUUGUGGGGCUCUUUCUCCUUGUUUUGCUCCUGUCCAUAUUCUUUGCCAGCCGCCUCCACCCAGCUAGCCGUGCUCCAGUCUUGUUCCGGCCAGACACAAACAUCCAGGUGCUCCUGGACCUGAAAUACAACCUGAGUGCUGAAGGUAUCUCCUGCAUUACCUGCUCAGGUUUGUUUCAGGAAAAGCCCCACAGUUUGCAGAACAACAUCCGAACUUCCUUGGAAAAAAAGAAGAGGGGCUCAGGGUCACCUUGGGGAAGCAAAGGCAGCAUGAGUGAUACAGGGCAGCAAGAGCUCCAGGGGACUGUGUAUAUCUCCAAGUCCAGGAGCAAGGGAAGACCAGCCAUCUACAGAUUCUCACUCAAUGCCAGUGUCCCUGCGCCCUGGCAGAUGGUGUCACCGGGAGACGGGGAGGUGCCUUCAUUCCAGGUGUAUAGAGUGCCUUUCGGUAACUUCACCAGGAAGCUGACAGCUUGUGUGUCCACAGUAGGGCUGCUUAAGCAGAUGAGCCCCAGGAAGUGGAUGAUGACCACCUUGUCCUGUGACACCAAGAAGGGCUGGAAGUUCGAUUUCAGUUUCUACGUGGCCUCCAAGGAGCAGCAGCGAACACGGAAAUUGUACUUUGCCCAGUCACACAAGCCCCCUUACCACGGCCGAGUGUGUGUGUCUCCUCCAGGCUGCCUGCUCAGCUCCAGCCCAGACGGACCCACCAAAGGCAUCCUGUACGUUCCCAGUGAGAAAGCAGCACCCAAAGCCAAGCUGUCAGCCACGUCUGGAUUUAACCCGUGCGUGAACGCGGGCUGCGGGAAGCCGGCGGUGCGGCCGCUGGUGGACACGGGAGCCAUGGUGUUCGUGGUGUUCGGAAUCAGAGGCGUCAAUCGCACGCGACACCCGGACAACCACGUCAUCGGAGACAUGGGCAGUGUUAUCUACGAUGACAGCUUUGACCUCUUCAAAGAGAUUGGCAACCUGUGCCGCCUCUGCAAAGCCAUUGCCAGCAACUCUGAGCUGGUGAAGCCCGGAGGGGCUCAGUGCCUGCCCUCGGGUUACAGCAUCUCCUCCUUCCUGCAGAUGUUGCACCCUGAGUGCAAGAAUAUCCCUGAGCCAAACCUGCUGCCUGGGCAGCUCUCUCAUGGGGCAGUGGGGGUGAAGGAUGGGAAGGUGCAGUGGAUCUCCAUGGCAUUUGAAUCGACAACCUACAAGGGGAAAUCAUCCUUCCAGACAUAUGCUGACUAUCUGAAAUGGGAGACAUUCCUGCAGCAGCAGCUCCAGCUCUUCCCAGAGGGCUCUGCUCUCCGGCACGGUUUCCAGACCUGUGAGCACUGGAAGCAGAUUUUCAUGGAGAUUAUAGGAGUGCAGAGUGCCCUGUAUGGUCUCAUCCUCUCGCUGGUCAUCUGUGUGGCUGCCGUGGCAGUGUUCACCACACACAUCCUCCUCCUGCUGCCAGUGCUGCUCAGCAUCUUAGGGGUCGUCUGCCUUGUGGUGACCAUCAUGUACUGGUCUGGCUGGGAAAUGGGAGCUGUGGAAGCCAUUUCCCUCUCCAUCCUCGUUGGCUCCUCUGUGGAUUACUGUGUGCACUUGGUGGAGGGCUACCUGCUGGCAGGGGAGAACCUGCCACUCCACCAGGCACAGCAGGACCCCACGGCCUGCCGCCAGUGGAGGACGAUGGAAGCCGUCCGGCACGUGGGUGUGGCAAUCGUGUCCAGCGCCGUCACCACCGUCAUCGCCACCGUCCCUCUCUUCUUCUGCAUCAUUGCCCCCUUUGCUAAGUUUGGGAAGAUCGUGGCCCUCAACACGGGAGUGUCCAUCCUGUACACGUUAACUGUGAGCACGGCCCUGCUGAGCGUCAUGGGGCCUGGCACCUUCACCCGCAGCAGGACUUCCUGCCUCAAGGCACUGCUGGGGGUGCUCCUGGCCGGCCUGCUGGCUCUCUGCAUCUGCCUUGCCCUGCUGAAGAGUGGAUUUAAGAUCCCCCUCCCCAACGGGACAGUCCUGUAGACCCCAGGCCGAGAGCCGCGUUCUCUGUUCUCUUGCUCUCCCUUUCUUCUUUUUUUUUUUUUUUUUUUUUUUUUUUUUUUUUCUUCUUUUUAAAGAAUAUUUUUUGUAAGAAAAAAAAGAGGAAAAAAAAAGUCCCUUUUUUCAUGAAGUUUUUCAACUCCAGAUGCACUUUAUUUUCUCUAAUGGGUUUUGCUCUAAACUUGUAUUUAUUUUGGGUAGUGAUGGAUGGAUGACGGACAGUGAGGGCUGCCCAGGGAAUACCUCAGCCCAUGAACAGUAGAGGAGGAGGUUUCCUUCUCUGUUUUCUUUCUGCUUUUUUUUCUUUUUUUUUCUUGGUCUUUUAAUUUAUUUUUAACAAACAGGGCUUUCUGGACCCACAAAGCUAAAAUGGGAGAAUUUGGGAAGGUCAUCUGAUCCUG